CUUGUUUUUUUUUUUUUUUUUACCAUCCAAAGCAGAAUUAAUCAUGUUUGAAUUUUUCUUCCUCAUAGAUCUAAAGGACUGAAACUUCAGAACCAAGCUGAUUAAAAAAAAAAARAAGAGAGAUCUGACAGCGAGGACUAAAACCCACACGAUGGCGUCUGGCCUCCUCAGAAUCUCAGUAUUUCUCCAGAAGGACUGGACUCGUGUGGCCUGCUGUGGUGGCCUCUUCGCAGUAGACAUGUUUCUCCACGCUUUCCCCGACCAGUCCUACCGUCGGUCCCAUCAGAUCUGGAAUGAGAGAAAACCAGCGGAGCUGACGGAAAAGGUGGAGGGUCUCUUUCAGCAGGUGCUGAAGGGUUACGGGGUGGGAUCGGCCAAGAAUUUCUCAGCCUUCGCCUCCUCUAAAUUCCAUCCAGCGGGUGUUGGCAUCCCGUGGUUUCCUGCCGGGGCCCGAAUUGCAAUCCCAGUUUACUUUAACAACGUUCCGAACGGACUGAGUGGAAUCACCAACGGCUGAGUCCUCAUCAACGGGAAAAGGAUGGACCAGAGUGAGGCCCUCCACGCACUGUUUGAGGCGAUGCUGUUCUCCCAGGACGCGCAGAAGUUUGCAGUAGCUCGAGAAGUGGCCCACUCGCAGUCCGGCGGACCGAUCCUGAGGGAUGCUGUCGCUCCGCUCUGCCUGGGCGGGGUCUGGGAGUACAGCGGGGUGCUGAAGGUGUUUGGGCUGCACGGCGGGCCCUUGCUGCUCCGAGGCGUUGUCAACGUAGCAGCUCUGGGAAUCGGCGCCUUUUCUUACUUCCUCACCAUUGGCGCUUUGAGCCGUUGGCUCGACUACAGCUCCGACCAACGCGCGGCGAGCGUCUCCCGCGAGUGCGCCAAAGGAGGGCUGGAGUUUUACGACAAAGUCGUGUCCUUCAACAAGUCGGCGUUCUCACUGGUGGGGCAGAGGGAAGAGGAGAAGUUUGCAUCCAGCUGGAAAUUGUUCUUUAUUUACAUCUUAUGGCUGCAUCACACGCCGUACACGUCCAGGAGGGAUCGCAUCCYCACACUGCUGAAAGAGAAGAAAGCAUGAAGAGGGAGCUUCUGUUGCAGAUUAAAUCAGAGCCCACUAAUUAACAGAUUAUCUGCUCACCGGAAGAAAAAAAAUGUGGUCAAAGUUCUGGGAUGUCUGAUAUUUUGUGACUCGUGACAGCUUUUCUGCAAAUCACGGUGCUGAUUCUUCAGUAUGUGGUGACAAACACUGAAUGUUUAAAACAGUUGGUCAGUCGUGCAAAAUAAAGGACUGCUGCAAAUAAAAAUAGAUGCCACAAGAAAACAAA